AUGAAUGAUAAUCUAUGUGGAAAAUUAGAUAUUUUGAGGAAGCAUUUACCCGAUGAAUUAAAUAAAAGUGGAGAACUUGAACUAAAAGAUAUUAGUGAUUACAGUAAUUACUGCUCUAGUGGAGACUGUAACACUGAGCUCGAAAAAAUUACGAUUGGAUUUUUAUGGUUACUUGGAGAAUAUUUUACUAUAUCCUACAAUAAAACUUAUGAUGAAAAUAAUAAGAAUGCAUUUUUUCUAUAUAUUAUUUCAUGGUUUAGUUACCAAUUAAGUCAAAGCACAAAACACAAUACCACCAAAAUAAAUGAUUUUUAUAAUAAUCAUGUAAAAAAUAAUGAUAAAUAUAAAAAGUUUACAAGUGAUUCCAAUAAAUUUACAGGUCUUGAUGACGUCUUAAAUGCAAAAAGUGAUUUGUUGAAUAUUAAUAUUAAAAAUCUGUCUAAAUCUUAUGAUGCAUUUAAAUUAUUAUGUAGUAUGUAUGGUGAUAUUUCAACGAAUACAAAUGUCAAAACAUUGUCAGAUAAUGCGAAUAAAUUUGUUAAAAAAUAUCAAGAACUUAAAGGAGAUUCUAAUCUUACUAAUGACAGUUCAUAUAAAAAAAUAUUGUCUACUCUAUCAACUGAUUAUGAUAAAUUAAAAAAUAAAUGUAGCAGUAUUACAUUUCCAGAUAUAACAGCAAACAUUUAUGCACUAUCAUCUGAAGAUACAUCAUCAAGUUCGUCGAUAGGAAACAAAUUAUUUACAGUUUUAUCGAUAUUUGCUGCAAUAGCAAUUUUUUUAGGAAUUGCUUAUAAGUAUUCGUUAUUUGGAUUUCGGAAACGAGCUCAAAAACAAUAUUUAAGAGAAAAAACAAAAAAUAUAAAGAAGAAAAUGGUUCAUUAG